AUGCAUGCAAACAAGAGUUCUGCGGUACUAAGCAAGAAGGAUGCCUGCGGCGAGGAGGACAUCACCGUCGACCUGCAUCCAUUCAUCCGCGAAUACAAGGGCGGCCGUGUCGAGCGCUUCCUGAGCAGCUCAUACGUGGAAGCGUCGGAGGACGCGGCUGCCAACCGUGGCGUCGCGACCAAGGACGUGGUCGUCCACGAGAGCACCGGCGUGUCCGCACGCCUGUUUCUUCCGGCCGCCGCCGCAGCAACCGGCGACAGGCUCCCCGUCAUCUUGUACGUGCACGGAGGAUCCUUCUGCACGGAGAGCGCAUUCUGCCGCACGUACCACAACUACGUCAGGUCUCUGGCGGCUCGCGCCGGGGCGCUCGUCGUGUCCGUGGAGUACCGUCUCGCGCCGGAGCAUCCUGUGCCGGCGGCCUACGACGAUGCAUGGGCGGCGCUCCAGUGGGUGGCGUCCCUAUCCGAUCCCUGGCUUUCCGACCACGCCGACCUCGGGCGCACGUUCCUCGCCGGCGACAGCGCUGGCGGCAACAUCGUCUACAACACGGCCGUGCGUGCUGCUAGAGGUGGUGGCACUGGCGAUCACAUCGACGUGGAGGGGCUUGUCAUCGUGCACCCAUACUUUUGGGGCGUCGAGCGGCUGUCCAGCUCCGAGCUAGUCUGGGACGGCGUUGCCAUGUUUACGCCGGAGCUCAUCGACAGGCUCUGGCCGUUCGUUACGGCGGGCCGUCUCGACAAGAAUGAUCCCCGGGUCAACCCUCUCGACGAGGAGAUCACCUCGCUGACAUGCCAGCGUAUGCUGGUCGCCGUCGCCGAGAAGGACACCUUGCGCGACCGCGGGCGCUGGCUGGCGGCUCGCAUGCGCGAGUGCUGCGCGUGGGCCGAUGAUGAUGAGAAGGCGGUAACACUGGUGGAGUCGGAGGGCGAAGACCAUGGCUUCCACCUGUACAACCCACUGCGUGCGACGAGCAAGGUACUCAUGGAGAGCAUAGUGCAGUUCAUCAACCAGCGCACGGCCUUGCCAUUGCCGGCCGCUCUGCUGCCGGAGCCGUACGAGCUGCAUGCAUGCGGUGGCAUGAAGAUGGACCCAUGCUGCUUGCCUAUUCUGGGCGUGCCUGCUCGGCCGUACAUGGACGUGUUUGGUUAUGGGAUGGCCAUGAAAGGUAUGACACGUACUAGUUGCUUACACGUUGGGCAGGGGAGAAGAGCGUCCAAGACCAGAUAUGGGUUAUCUUUGGGCCAUGCUGUCAGGCAUAACAAGACCAACAAGAGAUUCUCCAUAUUAUCAGCUACAGCAGCACCGGCGACUUGUGUUUCUCACAACUUCAUCUAG